CAUUCAUUGAUUGAUCUCGGUCAAUUUCAUUGUCAAAGGGGGAGAAAGAAAGGCGAGAGAAGGAUUAAGAAAACUCGGAAAGGAAAAAUAUCUAGGAGCUGCGACAGGAAAAAUGGACGCGGCGAUAGGGAAGGUUUUCGGUUCCGUCUCAGACUUCUUAUCCGGCGCUGCCUCUGGUUCCUCCGAUGAGUUCCCCUUGUGCGAUACCGACAUCAUCUCCGGCUGUGAGAAAGAACUUGCGGAGGCUCAGAAAGCUCAAGACGAAGGACGUACGAAGGAAUGCAUCAUGCGUCUUUCAUGGGCUCUUGUUCAUUCUAAGAUGCCUGGUGAUAUACAGCGUGGCGUAGCUAUGAUUGAAGCUUCGGUUGUUAAUGAUACAAGUGCAAUGAAACUCAGGGAGAAGCUUUAUCUCCUUGCUGUUGGUUACUAUCGAAGCGGUGACUAUUCAAGAAGCCGGGAUUGUAUAGAACGUUGUUUGGAGGUUGAACCGGAGUCCGGACAGGCUCAGACACUAAAAAAGGCUAUAGAGGACCGCAUUGUGAAAGAUGGUGUUAUUGGCGUUGGAAUUGCUGUUACUGCUGUAGGGCUUGUUGCUGGUAUUGCUGCGGCCUUUAUACGCUCAGGCUGAGAAGGAACGAUCUUUAUUCAUGUGCAUGUUUCCCUGAUCUUCAGUGAGUUUGUAUAGUUUCUUUGUAUCCUAUAAGAGAAAAAUUAUGUAAUUCCUGUUUUACUAUGAAUAGCUAAACAAAAGAACUAAUUGAGGAAAGCAUCAAACAUAAACUUUAUUA